ACUCUCCCUCUCAAAAAUAAUUGGCAAAUAAAUAUUUUAAGUAAAUAUUAUCAACUAUUUUAAAAGGAAGCAAUUGCUUAUGCAGGAUUUAUAAAAAUUUUAACGUCUAAUUUUAUUUUUCUGCAUUUGUGCUAGUUUGCAAAAUAAGAACAAUUGGGAAAGCUCCAGAGUGUGGCAAGAUUUGUGAAAUCCACUUUUCUACUUGUGUGCUAGAGCAUUCGACAAUCCAAAAGAAGCGAUUUUGUGUUGUUAUUUUGGCACCCAUUCAGUCGUUUUUAAUGAUCUUGGAGGGCCAACAUCAUUUAUUCAGACAGCACAGUGGUGGGCACUGCUUGUAACAACUUGUUUUUGUAUGUUGUACUGAUUAAUUGUCUAUUUCCUGUUGUUGGUUGAUGAUAGUAUGUUACUGUGAGAGCAAAAGGGUAUCAGCAAAAUCAAGAUUUAAGUAGCUGUCUUGUAUAUAUGGGUGUAGCCAAAGUUUGCAAGUAUACCUGUGUGAAGCAGCAACAUCUCUUGAUUAGCUGUUGUUCAUCCAGGCGAUGGAUCUCAUGUACCAAAGUUUGUGGGUUAAUGCUGUUUGCCUUAGGUUUGAUUUCACUUUUCACUGGUCAUGUUGUGUCCAAUCUUGAAUUGUACUCUCAUCGACUCGCCGGAGGUGCUUGGUUCUACAAACAGGAUGGAGAUGCACCAAUUGAUAUUUGGAAGUUGAUGUAUUCAACUUCUUAUUAUGGAUGCAGUGAGAGAGGCCCUCGUUUUGCUUCUGCUGUAAAUGUGCGAUCUUCAAAUGGAUAUCUACUUAUUGAAACUAGCGGAGGACUCAAUCAACAAAGAACUGGCAUAACUGAUGCUGUAGUUGUUGCACGGAUUCUUAAUGCCACUUUAGUUGUACCUGAGUUGGAUCAUCAUUCAUUUUGGAAGGAUGAUAGUGAUUUUUUCAACAUCUUUGAUGUUAAAUGGUUCAUCUCUUACCUUGGGAAGGAUGUCCCUGUUGUUAAAAGAGUUCCAGAGAAGGUCAUGAGGUCAAUGGGGAAACCUCCAUAUACCAUGCGUGUUCCUAGAAAAUCAGAGCCUGAAUAUUACUUGGACCAAGUAUUGCCAGUACUCUUAAAGAGACGUGUUCUUCAGUUGACAAAAUUUGAUUUUCGGCUUGCUAAUGACCUUGAUGAAGAGCUUCAAAAAUUGCGUUGCCGUGUGAAUUAUCAUGCCUUAAGAUUCACUAAACCCAUAAGGAAUUUUGGUCAGAAACUUGUAGUGCGUAUACGAAAGAUGGCAAGACGUUUCAUUGCAGUUCAUUUGAGGUUUGAACCUGAUAUGCUGGCAUUUUCUGGGUGCUACUACGGCGGGGGUGAUAAGGAAAGAUAUGAACUGGGUGAGAUAAGAAAAAGAUGGGAUACUUUACCUGAGCUGAACCCUGAUGAAGAGCGAAUGCAAGGAAGAUGCCCCUUAACACCCCAUGAAGUUGGGCUUAUGCUGCGGGCGCUUGGCUUCAAAAACGACACAUACCUUUAUGUUGCAUCUGGUGAAGUACAUGGUGGAGAAAAAACUCUGCACCCUCUAAAAGAGCUGUUUCCAAACUUCUACACAAAAAAGACACUUGCUGGUGAUGAGCUGAAACCUUUUCUUCCCUACUCUUCUCGUCUUGCAGCAAUUGACUACAUUGUAUGUGAUGAAAGUGAUGUCUUUGUCACCAAUAAUAAUGGGAACAUGGCCAAGAUCCUUGCUGGUAGUAGGAGGUACAUGGGGAACAAGAGGACCAUCAGACCAAAUGCCAAAAGACUCAGUGCUUUGUUCAUGGCUCGAAAUAAGAUGGACUGGGACACAUUCUCUAGAAAGGUGAAAUCAUGUCAAAGCGGAUUCAUGGGAGAACCCGAGGAAAUGAGACCAGGGCGUGGGGAGUUUCAUGAAUUUCCAUCCUCGUGUAUCUGUAAGACACAAUUCAAUCAUUCAAAUUUGAUAGACAAAUACAACAAUCAUACUUCCCUUGUGAAUCCAAGUCACCUGGAUUCAAGAUAUAGGUAUAUACACAAUAGCAGUGACCUUAACGACAAGAGCUUUCAGAAACUGUAUUAGUGUAGGAAAUUUGACAGGACAGAUAACUGUAUUAGAAGAGAUCCCUGGGGUGCAGGGAAUUGGUUCAAUGGUAAAGACGCAAUACGUCAAGGACUCAGACUAUGCCAUGCAAAAAGCGUAGUAUUUAUGUUGGGAGGAGGGUGGAGGCCGGAGGGGCAGGGAGUAUACUCCCUGAGAAGUUUCAGACGUGUGCGCCAAGUGGACUCAGGCCAGAAGCCUACAGAAUGAGCGAAGGCUACAUAAGUUACUUUAGGAAAUGUUGUACCAUUGUCAUAUUGUCAUUGCAUGUAAGUGCCUUCUUUUGGCAGAAUUUGAAGGGCUCAAACCCUGCACUUGAUACUCAAUUGUCAAGGUUCUUUUUCUUUUUUAGGUUCACCGCUGUUUUUCCAGAAAGCGGAUUCUGAUGUGCUACAAUUGUUAAUAUAUACUUUUCUGUAAGAUAUGUGUACCGCAAAGAAGAGUAAAAUAAAAAAAGAAACUAUGAUCUCCUCCAUUGAUAUGUA